AUGGGGUCCUUGGAAGCUGGACCCAGACACAGAGAGAGAGGGGACCACCUCCCCUCGAUCGCGUUUCUGGGAAAAGACGGGUCAGGUUACCCUCAGAAUCCCGUCACCGCGGGCGCAAGCGCCUCUCCCACGCCUCUCAUCAGCCCGACCACCAUGUAUCCCGGUCAACAAGUGCCUUACACUUACCCACCCUCAUCAAGUGUAGGACAUCAGCCCGGUUAUUUCUCACCACCUGAUUCCCACGCCCGUCGACUGGUGGAGGAUGAGAAAGAGAAACAACAACAGCAGAAUGCGCAACCGCAGCGGCAAUCGCUACCAUCGAUUCACGAGGCUCUGGGAAAUGACAACCUGCCCUAUCCUGGGCCACCGACGUCGGCGCCGCAGUCUCAACCACCCUCCCAUCACGCACCUCCCUCGCUAUCUUCCAACCUGAUCAGCCGUCCGGGGACCGAAGGGCCUUCUGGCCCGCCCAACCCCUUCUCCGCCAACGGCAACUCCUCCACCCCACCAUUUUUCCAUCAGAAUAAUCAGUCAACGCCGCUCCCACCGGAUGCCUCGCGCUCAAGCCUCACGUCGAUCAACACUCAAGAUUCGCGGAAUGCCUCACUCGUCUCCCACGGCUCUGGCAAAUCGCCCACCCAGAGCAUGAAGACAGCCAUUACCUCGAUCACCGGCUCGCAGGCCUCCAACAGCUAUGAUUACAGCGCUCCUCCGUCUGCCGGCAGCGUCGCCUCGCCCAGCGGAUACCCCUUUUCCCAAAAUUUCUCCUUCCAGCAACCGCCCAGCAGUGCUCCCGCCUAUCCACCCGCUGCCCCCUACGACAACCGUCAGUACACGCCUUCCCACUGGAAACCCGGACCCACAGACCCGGCGCGUCCAGAGGAGCAGCACAAAGCAGGUUUGGCCGGUCCGGCUGGUCCUCCCAACAUCGCCGCGCAACCCAACAGCGAUUCUGUCAAACGACACCUGGAAAUCUACGAUGUGGAAACCUCUCUCAACGAGAUUACGGAAAUGAGCUCUCGGACCCUUGAUUUCUCGCGUCACUACGCAACGAGGGCACAUCAAACCCAGCGGUCCGGACCCAUUCUAGGGUCACUCCCGUCUCUCAACGAGGUUGACGAAAUGCUCAACAUGCAACGGCGCAACCAAGACGCUUUGAUCCGCAUCCGCACGGCGAUUAUUAACCAGGAGCAUGCUUUGGCAGAGCAGAUGGCACAACGAAAGGUCUUCAAGCCCGGGCUGCGCGAGGAUGAGCACAUGGGCAUGUACCAGGAGGAGUACAAGGGUGGUGGUGGUGGCUUUGCGGGUGCUGACACCAAGAAGCGGCGAGGGAAAGCCGCCCCUCCUGGCCGUUGUCAUAGCUGCAACCGCGCUGAAACCCCGGAAUGGCGCCGUGGGCCCGACGGCGCACGAACCUUGUGCAACGCCUGUGGGCUACACUAUGCCAAAUUAACGCGCAAAAUGGGCGCUAACAAAGCAUCCGCGCUGGGCUCGAAUCUUAAACCCAAAACUACGCUCGACUCGACGUCGGCGAACGGCCGUUGA